GAGGCCAUGUGAGCGGAAGUUCGCGGCCCGUUACCUCUAGUGUUCCCAAGUCGCUGUCAAGAAUGUCUUUAACUUAGGACAGCUUCUCCGUAACCGAAUGACUGUCUUGAUCGGCUAUCCGUGAAACACCGACAAAUCCGCGAUCGUGUUCUGUUGAACAAUAAAAGCUCUGUAUACAACGAGGCUGACAGUGGAGUGCGACCACCGACUGUCUCUGAAACCUGGAAAUAGGGGAAAUACAUCUUAAUCAAAGAUGACAGCAUUAACAACGGGUGCAAUUCUGACUGUCACCCUGACUCUUGUGUCGUGCGCGAAAGCCUCGGCGAGCGAUUCUAACCUUACCGUGCCUCCUGGAGCAGUGUACAUUAAUCCUCUAAUGUACGAUGUUGUGGGAGCCGACUACACAGAAUGGCGCAACUUAUCCACUGUUGGCUUUAACCCCACCAACACCACACCUCCAUUCAUUCAGGUCUUUGACCCUUCGUUCCUCAAUAUCACCGGACCAUCCGCUACCAUUCGCUCAAUUGUUUCGAAUCCCGGCUUUGCUUUUGCUCACGAAGCACCCAUUUACGUCCCAGACCUCAACGCAGUCUUCUUUUCAAGCAACGAUGGUGGUCCACUCGGGUACAACGGCUGGUACAACAACAGCGUUGUUAGCAUGCUCAAUAUGACAGAAGUCGACAUGGCGCUGGCUUCUACAACGGGAGAUGUUAAUAUACAAAUUCAAACGCUCAACCUUCCGGACACUGUCCAAAUGGUAAACGGGGGGACAGGUCCGUACAAGGGAGAUCUUUUGUUCGUCACUUCCGGUCGCGCUUUGCUUCCUCCUUCUAUUGUGCGCGUCAAUCCCAGCCCUCCCUACAAUGCCACUGUUCUUCUGGACAACUUCUUGGGCAGACAGUUUAACUCGCUCAAUGAUGUCAAAAAUCUCCCUGGCACGGACAUCAUGUUUUUCACUGAUCCAACCUAUGGGUGGCUUGACAGCUUCCGUCCUGAACCAAUGCUACCAUCGCAAGUAUACCGCUUUGAUCCAUCCACUGGGCAGGUCAGAGUUGUCGCCGACCAGUUUGUGCUUCCGAAUGGUAUCGCAUUCACCUCCGACGGCAAAAGUGCAUUCGUCACCGACACUGGUUCUUUUGAAGGCAAUUUCGGAACGAAUCAGACCCUCCCGGCCACGAUCUACAAGUUCGACGUUGAUCCACAGACGCAGGCGUUCACAAACCGCAGAGUGUUCGCCUACUCUGAUUCCGGUAUUCCCGAUGGCAUUCAGCUUGAUGCCACGGGAAACGUUUUUUCAGGUUGUGGCGAGGGUAUCCACGUUUGGAAUGCUGAAGGGACGCUCAUUGGGAAGUUCUAUCUUAACAGCACCGCAGCUGAGAUGAUCUUCACGAAGUCUGGUCUCGUUAUUUUAGACGCGGAGACGAUAUAUCUGGCAAAUAUCCAAGCUCAGGGAUUGGAUCUUGCCACAUUGUAGAAUCGCUGCGUAACCGCCCUAACGUGUUACAUACAACUAUCUGUAUAGCAUAGCACAUGUUCAGUGUGAGAGAAGUUAACAGUGCGCUCUGCAUAUGAUGC